ACGAAUAGGACAAGAACUGAAAAAAAUUCUUAAUAAAAAUAUAAAAAUUUUAAAUUUAAGUGAUUGUAAUAUUUCUACUAAUGUUGUCAAAGUCUUGAAAAAAGCUUUACGAACGAAUGACACUUUCAUCAAUUUAGAUUUAAGUUGUAGUCUAAAUAUGUUGAUUGAAAUAUAUCUCUUACGAUAG